AUGAGCAAAUUGAAGGAGUUCAAAUUUAAGGGAAGGAACUUUUACUUUGAGGGCAUUGAAGAAAUCUCAAAGUCAACACCUCUUAUUCAGAAAUUUUCACUCAUAGGCUCUAGAUCAAUUCUUGAAUGUGGUAAAUCUAUUGGAAAUUGGAAACAUUUAAGAGAAAUAGAAGGAGCAGUCCAUUCCUACUUUGAUAAUAGUUCCAUUGCAACUCCACCAACUCCACAAGAACAAACAAAUUUCUUCACAGUCAUUAAUGAAAUUAAUUUAGAAAAGUUAGAGCUGCUGAAUGAUGAUAUUUCCAGUGCCAAGUUCCAUAAACUGCCAUCUUCACUCAUAACUCUUAACUUGGAAAGAACAAGAGUUAGUUCUAAAUUAUUUGAAGCAAUUUCAGAGUUGGAAAAUCUCAAGAUUCUUAUUCUUGACAGCACAUCUGGGUUCGAAAGUGAAGAUUUCCAACAUCUCAAUAGUUUGCCAAACCUUGAAGAGUUAUCACUUAAUAAGAGUUCUCAUUGUGGAGAUGUUGGGUUGAAACACAUCUCUGCCGUUAAAAGUUUGAAAAGAGUUUUCUUGAACAAGUGUGAGAUACAUGAUGAAGGAGGAAUCUCACUUUCCAAAUUGAGUAAUCUUGAAAUUAUUGACCUUCAAUAUUCUGAUAUUACAGAGAAAACAAUUAACAAUAUUGUUCAAAACUGUAAGAAAAUCAAAAAGAUUUGCGUGUAUAAAUGUCAGAAAAUCUCUAAAAAUAAGAUAGCUGACCUUCCCAACAUAAAACAGAUUCUCUCAGAAAAUCCAAUCAACAGAGAGUAUUAUUAA